AUGAAUAUACAAACUUUAAAGAUUAUAUACUCGUGUAUAGCAUCUUUUGCAACAAUAGUAGCAUACGUGAUUUCCUACUUCCUCAAAUUCGAGAGAAAAGACCUUUCCGAAAUAUUUUUCGGAUCAAUAAUGAUUUCCGAUGCCUUAACAUUCAUGUCAAUUGAUUCAAUAGCAGAUGGAACUUCUGGAUAUCCUUAUAAUUUCCUUUUAGCACUCUUCGCCUUCACAACUUUAACAUUUUAUUCAUUCUUUCAUGAUUCGCUUGCAUUACUAGAUGAUUCACUUUUAGUAAAAUGCGAUAUGGUAAACAACACCCCGAUGCUCUCAUCAGAAGAUAAAAUACAAGAAAUCGAAGAAACUCCAAAAUUUAACUUUUGGGAUAACUUUGUAUCAAUAAUUUUAUUCGUUUUAUCCACUGUUGAAUGCAUUUCCUUUGGUGAAACACUAUCUAUGUAUACAAAUAUCUAUGAUUUAAACCAUAGAUUACCUUAUAUCAUUCCUGUAAGAUUCUUCCAGAUUCUAUGCAUCAGUACGAUAUUACGUGACACACAAAUGACAGAUAUUUGGUAUAUUUUCGUUGCAAUACUCAAUGCAAUUUGUGUUGGAGUUUUCGGAUCAAUUAAGUCAAUUAUGUCAUCAAGGGCAUGCGAUAUCUUCUUCGCUGUUUCAUCUUCUUUACUUCUAGGCAGCUUCCUCUAUUUCGGAGCCAUUGCAAUUCAUAAUUCUUUCAUUUCUUUGGCACAUUCUCGUUGGUUCUCGAUUAUAAUAGCAAUUGUUGGAUUCUUGAUACCAUCAAUAUUCCGUGUGUUAAUGUUUGAUAGUAGUACUUGGUAA